GAGACGGCGGCGUGCGCUUCCGGGUUUGGUCCGGUCCUGCAGCGGAGUCGCGGCGCGAGGUAUCGAUACCUGAUCGAUACUGGAACGAACCGGAGACCGCCACCUAUCCGCGUGCGCGUCAUGUCCAAGCACCGGAAGACUCUGAUCAUCACAGACGAUGAGGCGGCUGAGGCAGAGGAGCUGAAUCCCUUCUCCUUCAGAGAGUUCCUGCGCUGCAAGAACCCAGAGGAGGAAGAGGAGGAGGAGGAAGAGGAGGAGAGCAGGAGGUCCAGAGGAGCAGUAGGAGCAGCAGCAGACGGGGACGGGGAGGGGACGGGGACGGGGACGGGGACGGGGACCCCCCCCUCGCCCGCCGCCUCCUGCAGGAGCCCCAGCAGCCUGGAACUGCAGCUGCAGGAGGAGAACGCGGCUCUGAGGAGGAGCGUCACGGCCAGCGAGCGCAGGGUGUCCCAGCUGACGGAGGAGCUGCUGCACAGCCGGAGAAAGGAGGCGCAGGAGGCGCAGGACCUGGAGAGCAUGGUGCAGAGUGUGGAGCACAACCUGCGCCUGAUGACGAGACGAGCAGUAAAAGCUGAAAACUGUGUCUCCAAACUGAAGGUUGAUCUUCAACAGCUUCAGGCAGAGCUGGUGUGUGUGCGCUCGGAAAACGACCGUUUGAAGGCAGCAGAGUCGCAGGUCGUCAUGACGAUGAGACAGAACGCACAGCUGGCCGCAGAGCACCUGAAGAAGACAACAAGCCACGCCCACUCCUCCAUCCAGCAGCUCCUGGCUGAAGCCGAGUCUCUCCAUUUGGUCUCUCAGCUUUUGAGCUCCAUUGAUAAAAUCUCCGUCAUCAACACGGAAUCCUGACUUUGUCUGGACCUGGACCUGGUUCUGCCUAGACCUGGUUCUGCCUGGAACUAGUUCUCCUCUGGACCUGGACCUGGUUCUGCCUGGAACUAGUUCUCCUCUGGACUUGGACCUGGUUCUGCCUGGAACUAGUUUUUCUUGGACCAGGACCUGGUUCUACCUGGACUCGGUUCUACCUGGAGCUCAUUAGACAUGCAGGCGAUGUGGUUGUCAUGGAAACGGCCCUGUGAUGGCUGGAUUCAGAACCAGCAUCACCACAGCAACCAAUCAGAAGUGUCCUUCAGCUGGACUCCGCCUCCUUCUGAUCCCCAGCCAGCCACUUCCUGCCGCGCUCCCACAGCACGGACCAGGCGCUGAAGCUGACAUUCCAGCAGGGGGCGAUGGUGAACAAGAACCCGAGCCCCAUUAGAACCCAUGAGAACCCAUGAGAACCCAUUAGAACCCAUUAGAACCCAUUAGAACCCAUGAGAACCCAUUAGAACCCAUUAGAACAUGCUGAAUUUCAGAGUGUAAAGAACCACAUUAAAUCCUGGUUC